AUGAAUAACAGACCUCAUUCUCUCUCGUCCUUGCUGCCGGUUCGCCCUUACUCGUUGUCCAUAAACGAAGAGGACUACCAUUACUCGCCAAAACCAAAGGAUCUGCGCCCUGCCCGGCUCCUCCGGGUGUUGGGCUCAUCUUUCGACCCUUUCUGGAUGUCAAUCGACCGCCCCGCUGAGGCUAUCUGGUCAUCUGGCAGUGAGACCGAGCGAGCGGCGUUCCAAGACAGAGUUGUGUUACCUGGUUCACUGAAACUAUCCGAGGGCGCAGCUCGUUAUCAACGAAAAUUGGAAAAAGAAGCAGAAGACCUGGAUUUAAGCCAUUUCCCACCCGAAUCCACUAGUUUUAUUCGCGCGUGGCUGGUCCGCUCGGCCACAUGUGAGCUCCGCUACCAAUGGGUCAAUUUGGGCUCCAUCUUUUGGCCGCGCUGGUUACGUCACACUGACUGCGAUGAAACCGGCAGUUCACGAAGCUGUUCCUUUCCCAGUGGAAUGUCCUGUCGACGGGCACAAAUAACACACAUUAAAAUCUUGGCCUGGCAUUGUUGGGGUGGGGAGGACGGAGGGGGGAAGAUAUUUGGCACAGGGAGAGGGCUGGCUGGACCAAGUAUAGGUGUAUCGGGCAAGAGGUGUACAUGGAGACAAGUACCUUACCCCGUGGUCACUGCUUGCAAAUGCUCUUGUAAAUAG